AUGAAUUUGAUAGCCUUAAUUUGUCUGCGUACUUGCCGCUGCUUUGGCUACCAUAGCAAAGAUGCGGUCCAACAAGAUAUUGAUACUAAAGAGCCAGCUCAUGCAGAAAACAAUUUAUCUGAUUCUCUAGCUCCCCUCUGUUAGUGAACAAAACCAUUGGAAAAAUCCCUAUUUUUUGCCAAAAAACCCACCCUCUAUGAGCGAACAAAAAUAUUUUAUGAAAAAAAAAUUGAUAUAAAAUGAUAAUUAGCCUAAUGAAAUCUAUAGCUAAUUCUGCUUAAUUUAAACAAAUUGCGCUUUAAAACAUAAAUUUUAUAAAUUAAAUUAAAUUUGGAAAAAAAAAAUUUUUUUCUAUAAAAUUAUUUCUAAUUUGUUUUUAAAAAAAAAAUAAACCCCCCUCCGUGAGCAAAUAAAAAAAUCUUGUACGCUCACGGAGGGGGGAGUAAGCAGCAUAAGAGCUGAAAUCGGAUCCAAUGGGAUUCCUGUAGAGAAGGAAAAGUAUUAUGAUAAAGUAGGAGGAGUGCUUGUCUUGAAAGAAGAGCCAAGAAGAAACAGCUUGGUUAAUAGAAAAGACUCAAAAGAGUCAAAAUAUGUAUUGGAAAGACGAAAUACGUUUCCUUCAUCCGAAAAGAUUUUAAUUACCCGUUUGACAUUGUUGAAUUUAUGUAAAGAAUAA